CCGCUGUGGCGUCGGUUAGCGCGCGUAACCAACGUCCUAAUCAUCACGCCUCCUGCUCUGCUCGUGUGCCUGCACUUGGCGCUGCUGUGCGUAUAUUAAAGCCAAGGCAGCAGCCACGGCGUGAGCUUCCUUCCCUCGUUCAUUCCCUCCCGGUUCAGGCCCUGUAGUCCUGUACCAAGUUUUCGUAGGCAUUCGGAUCGAGGCAGGCUAGGCUUUCGUUUCGUCCGGAAGAAGCAAGCUAAAGGAAGGCGAUCGGAUCGGAGGCCAUCGGGAACGGAACGGAACGGAAGAAGCCUCAGCUCGAGUUAUCGGAGGAGUCGCUAGCACCACAACACAGGGCCUUCGAUUGCACGUAUUGGGGUGGGAGGAUGUUGCAGAAACGAUGGAAGGGAUGCAUCUUCUUCCUUCUUCUCUCAGGCGCGUUAGGCGUACUGAUGGCUUCAGAAAGCUCUUCGUCAGAGUUUGCCAAGAUCGUUCAGUCUAAGCAGACGAGGCAAGCUCGGCUGUGCGGAGCGGACUCUGAGCUACUGAGCUCCCUGGCGGGCAGCGACGCGGAGGUCAUGGUCACCAUCCCCAACGAGCAGCUGGAGCACGUGGCCGAGUUCCAGGAGGAGGCCGACCUCUGGGUCGCCGCCAACGUCGCGCGGUUCCUCCCGUCGACCAGGAUCACGCACGUCGUGGCGGGCGACGACGUGCCGGCGAACUCCCCCGGCAGCGCCCACUUCCUGGUCCCGGCGAUGCUCAACCUCCGGUCGGCGCUCGUCGCCGCGGGCCUCGGCGGCCGCGUCAAGGUGUCCAGCGCGAUGUCCGGCGAGGCGCUGUCCGCGCCGGCGUGGUCCGGCGUCGUGGGCCACGUCCUGCGGUUCCUCGAGUCGGCCGGCUCGCCGCUGCUCCUCAAGUCGUCGUCGCGCCCGUCGGAAGAAGCCAGCGACGCCAGGGUCGGCCGCGCGUACGCCGCGAUGCGCGCGCUGGGCGUCUCGGGCGUCCCCGUGAUCGCGACGGACCUCGCGGCCGGCGGCGACGCCGUGCCGUACUACUACUCCUACUACGGCUACGGCUACCCGGGCGGUCACGGUCGGCGGCGGUCGCUGGCGACGACGGGGACGUUCUGCGUGGCGCUGCAGGACGCGGACCCCGCGGCGCUGCAGGCCGGGCUCAACUGGGCGUGCGGGCCGGGCCACGCCGACUGCUCGGCCAUCCAGCCUGGCGGCGCCUGCUACCAGCAGAACAACCUGCCGGCGAUCGCGUCGUACGCAUACAACGACUACUACCAGGAGAUGGCCAGCACCGGCGCCACCUGCUCCUUCAACGGCACCGCCACCACCACCACCAAUGACCCAAGUUCAGGGUCUUGCGUUUUCGCGGGAAGCUCCACAGCGGGAGGCUCCUCCAACUCGAGCGUGCCGGUGGGCGCAAGCCCGCCGACCAGCCUCUCCCCUCCGACGGGCUUCGCACCUCCAGUCGGCUCCAGCCCCCCGUCGUCGUCGUCGGAGUUUAGCCCCCCGGCGGUCGGCACCGCCCCUUUGUCCGGCUUCACCCCGCCGGACGGAGGCGGCUUCGGCACCCCGCCGGGUUCCUUCAAUGGCACCGGGACGUUCGGGCCGAGCGGCACGCUCAGCCCUUACAACGGCGGGGCCCCUGGGCUGUCGCGCGCCGGCUUGAGCUUGACGGCUCUGUCCGCCGCUGCGGUCGCCGUGCUUCUCGCGUCCAUUGAUGCGAUGUGAAUCAAAUCAUCGAUGCAGAGACUAGACAUCCCUUUUCUCUCGCGCCGCAACAUGUUCUUAGUUGUUGAUCUACUGGUCAUGUCAUGUAGAUGUCAGGUCAGAUUUGUACGUAUUAUUUAGGUGCCGUGAAUGUGAAGCGAAUGUCUCUGUAUGCGUGUGCGUUGGGUGCCGUAGUUCUGAUGAGCGCAUGUGGAUAUACGCUUAUAUGUAUGUAUGACACGACACAAAACUUCAGUACAGUGAUGGAUUAUAUAUUUACCGGUUUGGAAUCAGAAAUGGAGGAUGCAGCAUCCUGGUUUUUUUUUCC